AUGUCGGACUCGACGACUCUCAACGUGAACCUUUUUGACGGCGUGAUGGGUGGUCCUUGCUUUGGGGAUGGAUCGGACUCAGAGUCGCAACAGUCUCAAGCGACGUGCGUCGGACAGGAAGACCAGACAACUGCCCCUUCGCCGGCACCCGGACCGCAAGUUAUCGACGAUCCCAUGCAAGACCAUACAUUGCCCAUCACCGAGGCUUCGAUAUCUACCAAUAACGCAACGCAUCCACAGCCUGCAUCUCAACCGCUUUCGCCCUCACUGUAUCAACAUGCCAUUGACGCUAUUGACUCAGCUUUGCCUGGCUCUCCGUCUGCAACUGUUCUCGACUCUACCUCUGCUCUCGAACUUUUAUCUGCUUUCAACGCUGCUCCUAAUUUCGAUCCUGCUCUCGCUCCUGCUUCCCAUAGUACUCGCUCUCCCACUCUCGACACCGAGACCGAUGCAUUGCUUGUCGACGACAUCUCUUCCUGCGCUAGUUCUCAACCUACGCCAUCUGCCCAGCAAGAGGACACGCAUAUACCCAGUCAGGACUCCGAUAUACCCACUUUCCACGAUGAUCUACGGUUUGAUAAUAUGGCCCCGUCGGAUUCGCCGCAAGAUAUACUUACGGCGGCCGAACCCCACGUCUACGAAGAGCCGUCUGGGUUUCGCGAAGAUGGUGCGCGCAGAGUGCAUGAUCACCAGGCGCAUGGGUCGGAGUUGGAACUCCAAGUAGAGCUCGUUGCCGACGUUGGGGGUGUUGAAGAUCAAGGAGCCCCCGACGGAAUCGGCGGAGGCGCAUAUAACGAAGGGCUUCAUAACUAUGCACACGACCAGAAUGUUUGCGCCCAUCAUGACUCGCCAGCCGCGGUUGAUGACUUCGGCGACUCUAGGCAUAUAGCAGAGCCUGACGAGUAUCAGGGUCAUCCUAUCGACGAAGAGCCCGUGGAGCACUGGAAGGUAUCCCAUGGUGAUGAUGAACACUCGGCGGACGUGCAGAUGAGCGAUGACGCGGGGACUGCAUAUUUUCCUGCGUAUAGCGAGGACGUCCGCAUGGCCCACGCCGGCGAAGAUGGUAGUGACAUUCCCACCCCGCCGCAACCAGAGAUUGGCUGGCAGCUCGGCGACGAGGGAAGCGAUGACGACCUGUACGUGCGGGACGACGAGCCGCCCGAGACCCGAGCGCGCCGGCUUGACGACCACAGCGCCAACCUCGAUAUCCUCGAUGACCCUACCGCCAACCAGGCUCCUGAAGCUUACAUCUGCCCGCCUUCGUCCUCCCCGCCUUCCAGCUCGCCUCCCGUCUUUUUCUCUUCAUCACAGGCAUCGCGCACGUCUUCGCAGUCGUCGGCCUUCGUCGAUCCGGUGGAGAAGAUGGACGAGGAUGUUGCGGAAGCCAUCAUCGUCGAUGGGAAUAGCGAGAUCAUCGCCGAUGGGGAUAGCGAGAUCAUCGCCGAUGGGGAUGUCGAGGCAGAGGUCGUUGAGGGAGAUGCCGCGGAGGUUGUCAUUGACGAGAAUGCGGCGAAGGAGGUCGACGUGGAGGUGGCGGACAAAUUGGCCGGGGGUAUUGCGAAGAAUUCGGACGAAGCCGCUGCAGCAGAGGCCAAAGAGGAGGUCACAGUCAAAAUGCAGGAGGACGUCGCGCAGGGGAUCAACCAAGCCAACGCGGAGAUGACGAGGAAGGACGCCCCAUUUUCGGCAACUCUCCAGCCGGACUCUGACCUUUACCAGGGCGAGCCUUCGUCGUGGCAUCGUGAAGAACCCGAUGUGGCGACGACAUCGAUAGCAGAAGACUCGACCAUGGAGGCCCCUGCAUCCACCAAGGCUGAUGUUGUCAUUGACACUGAAGCUUCGUCUGAACCCAAGCCCGUGGUUCCGCAGAAGCGCAAGUUCGAGUUUGACGAGGACGAUAUCGAGAUAUUGCGCCACGUUCCACCUCCCCCGCCCACCACGAAGCGUCCUACUGCCCUAGCAUACAAAGCACAGUCCAAGAAGCUCGCUAAACCCUUCCGACCUCCCGCGAUGAAACCCAAGGUCGAGGCCGACGACGCCGUACCACCAAUCUCCAGCCCACCUUGCACCAGCCCGCCGCGCGCCAGCUCUCCUACUCCCUCUACAGUCACCAAACCACCUUCGGUCGACAGAAAGAAACAACACCGCACCCAGCGCGCCGCCUCGCAGUUCAAGUCGCCCCUAACGCCCGGCGCCUCCACCGCGAUGACCUCGAACGUGCGCCUGACGCCGCAGAUCCAGGCGCUGGAGCGUAAACUGCAGGUGCUGAAGCGCGCGGUCAAGGUGCGGCGGGAGGGCGAGGAAGGCACGUUGGAGGGGUUGGUGAAAAGGUGGACGGAGGCGGGGCGGGAGGUCGCGUGGGAGGUGUGGGGGUUGACGAAGGAGGCGGCGCAGGGUGGGGAUUGGGGGUAUGGCAGUGGUGGGCAGGCGAAGGGUGGAUUCGGAGGCGGGUUUGGGAAGGAGGAGGAUGCGAAUAAGGGGUGGGGGUGGGAUAAGGAGGAUGAGAAGAAGGGUGGGAGUUCGUGGGGGUGGGCGAAUGAGGGAGAUGGGGAGGCUGAGGAGGAGAAUAAGGAUGAUGGUUCGCAGUACAAGGACGAGGAAGAGGAGGCGAAGCCGCAGCAGACACUGGGGACGAUGCUGCGUCUGCUUGGGAUUGCGCCCGAGACGCUUGGGUGGGAUGAUAACGAGGAGGGAUUCGUAGACGCGUGA